AUGGAUCGAUUUUGGGACAACUUUAACAAGAAAAUGGACGCCUUCAGAAAGAGAAUGGAAAAUAUGGGGAAGCGAAUGGAAACUAUGGGGACGCGAAUGGAACAGCAAGUAUGUAAAGAAGUAUACGGUAAUGAAUAUGAUGUAGUGAUUAAAAUGCCAGGGUUUAAUAAGAAAGAUAUAUCUGUCGAUGUAAAAGAUGGACAGCUCACAAUCAAAGCUAUUCACAAUGAGCCUGGUGAAGCUUUAAAUAGUUACUUGUACGUCAGUGAUUUACCGGAUAAUAUAAACGAUAAAGGUAGCUGGUCAUACAACGGUGGUGUAUUCAAAAUGAUUUUCCAUCUAAAACAAAAUGGAUAUAAUCCUAUGGGAUCGAAUAACUUGAGUAAAAGAAACAGAAGGUGUGAUGUUAUUGCUGAUGAUGUCGUAACAUAUGGCCCCUGA